ACUGACGGCCGGGAUGCAGACCGUGGAGCAGGUGGCACCGCAGCGGCAGAGGCACAGUGGCCCGCGGGAGGUUGUGAUUGGCGGGAGGUGGUGCAACCCUCCAGCACUGCUCGCUGCCCCACACCCAGGAGCCUCGAGACGCGAUCGGCUGUGUUGCGAGACUCUUGGCGAAAACCAGGUGGGCGAGUAGAGGCCGCCAUGCGUGGAGCAGCCUCGCAUCAACAGCUCCCAGUCUCCUAGCAGCCUCACCCAGCCGAGCGAGACAAGUACCAGCAGAGCAUAGCAGAACAUAGCGGAGCGUGGCGUAGCUUAGCAGAGGAAGGAAGGAACCUCAGGAAGCCACCGCCCCUCCUUCUAAGCCCCGCCGUGCCUCACUCCCUGCAAGAAGGAUAAACUUUUCACGCCGUAAUUGCACAAGCACCUACAAAGUUUUAGCACCUCACUGACCAUGGCGAGGGUGUGAUGAGUAGCAGGGAGCUCACUCGUGUUCCUCACCCUAUACACCGCUGGGUACUCAUCCUCCCUGGCUUGUGAGAGGGAGAUUGGAUGAUGGAGCGGGGCGGUGGAGGCUGGAGAGGCUGGAGGGGCUGGGGGGGCCUCGUCUUUCGUUCUUCUGAUGUGCUGCUGUUUGGUGGACGCUGGGAGUAAGAACACUCUUCCACCUGGAGUACCCGUGGGCCGCGCUGCUGGGGUGGCGGGUUCCAUGGCGCGCCUGCCCUGCCUCGCCAGCCACGCGGGGCCGCCCCACAGACCCUCCCUCGUGUUGUGGUACAAGGACCGCGCCAGAUUCCCCUUCUACACACUUGACCUGCGGGACGAGGGGGAGCAGCAGGAGUUCGUCAACGCGGGAGUGCGAGGCCGCGCCCACUCAGGCCUCUCUGGCGCCUACCUCACCCUAGACCCCCUCCACCUGCGAGACUCCGGCAGGUACAGGUGCCGCGUCGACUUUGAGGUGUCGCCCACUCUCUUCGCAGUGGUGGAUCUCAUGGUGUAUGUGGCCCCGUCUCGCCUCACGGUGCUGGACGGGCGGGAGGAGCGGGUGGUGACGGGGCAGCUGGGACCCCUGACGGAAGGCGACGCGCUCUCCCUCGUCUGCAUCGCCACUGGAGGCUGGCCGGCGCCCGAGGUGACGUGGUGGCGAGGCUCCACUCUCCUCAGCAACAACAGGACGGUGCUCGGCUACGACGGCCCGCCCCCUACCAUGCCCGCUUUGUCCGCCCUGCCGCCCCCGUCACUGCAGUUCUCCAGGGCGCCAGCAGGAGCUCCAGCGCGGCAGGUGAAGGCGGUGCUGAAUAUCCCUGCUCUCACCCGUGAUUACGUGCGGAGUAACCUGACCUGCCGCGCCUCCAACACUAACCUGACACAGCCUCUCUCCGUCUCCCUGGCGCUGCUGCUCCACCUGCCUCCCAAGACGGUCAACAUUCACCUGCCGGAAUUGCCGCUGGUGGCCGGGCAGCGGACGCGCCUCGAGUGUGUCGCGUUGGGCGCCCACCCUUCGGCCAUCCUCACCUGGACCAAGGCGCUGCGAGGCUCCGCGGCGCCCCUGCGAGCACCCACGCGCCACACUGCCGGUCGCUCCUCCUCCUUCCUGACGGUGGUGCCGCGGGCGGAGGACGACGGGGCGAGUCUAACCUGCACCGCCAGUAACCCCCGGCUGGAGGGCACGGCGCUUACCACCACCACGCGCCUCAAUGUUGUCUACGCUCCAAGGGUGAGGUUACGGCUGGGGGCCAACCUGGAGGCACUGCCCAUCACGGAGGGGAGCGACAUCUACUUUGAGUGCGAAGUCUCCAGUAACCCGAAAGCCAAGGAGAUCAUCUGGAGUAGAAAUGGGGAGGCGCUCAGCAGUGACAGGGAGAAAAGCAUCCUCGUGUCAGGGAAGAACUUGGUGCUACAGACGGUGCCUCGAUCAGCUGCCGGGAACUACACGUGCUCGGCCACCAACAGGCAGGGCACCACCACCAGCAACGCCCUGCCGCUCACCGUGCAGUAUACACCGGUGUGCGUGGCGCGGCCCAGGACGGUGGCGGUGGGGGAGGGGGAGACCGCGCGCCUCUCCUGCCGGGUUGAAGCGGUGCCAGACGACCCACUCUCUUUCACGUGGGUCUUCAACAACACGCUCGACACCGUCCACGUGGAGAACCAUCGCCUCAGUCCAGUGCGGGGUCUUAGUAUCCUGGACUACACGCCGAGGUCAACGCGGGACUACGGAACGCUUUCGUGCUGGGCCGCCAACAGCCUGGGCACACAGACAGACCCGUGCCGCUUCACCAUCAUCGAGGCAGGUCCUCCCGAUCACGUGGCGAACUGCGUACUGGUAAACCUAACCGUCACGUCCUUGGAGGUCGGGUGUACGGCGGGGCGAGACGGAGGGCGCCAGCAGUGGUUCAUGGCCCAGGUGUACGCGGCCACCACCCACCGCCUACUGGCCACGCUGGAGGAGGCCACACCCAGGUUCCGCGUGGACGGCCUCACACCAGGCCAAGACUACCUCAUCACCGUCACCGCCAUCAACGACAAGGGCGCCAGUAGACCCGUGGAGAUCAGCGCUGUUCGUCUCAAGGUGGCGGAGAAGCGCAUGGUGGAAGUGACGCCGCCACCCGUGUCUCCUCUCGUGGGCGUAUUCUUAGGGCUCGUGGGCGGCUUUGUGGUGCUCCUGCUCGCGGGCGUCCUCCUCUCGCGCAGGUGCUGGGGGCGGAGGGAGAGCGCUGACAACGGCUCCGAACCGGCCAAGUUGUCCUGCUCCACGCCCCAGGACGCCCACUCCCCUACCACCCACGCCCACCCACCCCCCGAAUCCCCCAACCCACCUUAUGUUAUCUCCUGCACCACGCCUUUCCCCUGCCACGCCCCCACCACCAGCCACCCCACUUACACCACCACGACCUUCUACACCCUCCCCAGUUCUCCCCACCACGUGAUGCCUGCCCCUUAUCACGCCCACGACCACACCACCACGACCACCGCGCAGUAUUACACUCACACACCCACGCCCACGCCCGAUGUAACUACUACCAAACCUUUGUACGCCCACGCCCUCGCCCUCACCACGAUCACCACGGCACCAUAUCACAGCCACACCCACACCCAUACACCCCCCACCACUUCCCACCUCUAUAACCACCCACCUGCCCAUGUCACCCACGCCACCCACUCCACGGCCCCUACCACACUCCAUCACACCCACUCACCCAUUCCUACCACCACCAUACCUUAUCAUACCCACGCCCUCACCACUACAGCCACAGCACACUACCACAGCCACACCACCUCCACAGUUACACCCUUUCACGCGUCUACCACACCUUACCACACCUUACAGACGGACAGACAAUCUCACGUAGCUGUAGAGUCUCUAUAAAGAUGCAUAAAAGUGAAUCCCAGCUCCUCUCUUUUUCAUCUCCUUCGACGACGCGACGCCCUGGCUUCAGUAAAGUAUAUCAAUACAA